ACGUCAUAGUUCUGAAAAUCAAUGGAAUCGUGAAGGUGUUGUCAAAUGAUUGGAAAUUGCUGUAAAGAAAUCAAUAAUAUCGUGGAAUAAAAGGUACCGGAGCGCAGAAUUCUCGUUUAGAAGCUGUUUUGAAGUUCAUGUACCAACAUUUCUGUGCGGAGUUCUUAUCUUAAACGUUGUUAUUGUCAACAAACUUUGGCCCACUUUUGGCUUUAAACUUUUGUGUGACUGCAAUUAAUUUUACUUUCUGACAGUUUGAGACUUAUCAGCUACGCUUAUGAGUGCAAAGGCAAGAUCGCCAAGCGGUAAAACUGCUUGGGGAGAUUAUGGUAGUGCAAGGCCAGACCCGCAAUUUGAUUUUGGUCAAGAGCCAAUUCGGGAUGAUGCAGAUUUGAGCCCAACUGCAAUGGAAGGUGACGAUUCGGUAUACAUGGGUGGUGACAGAAAUAAAUCGGCUGCUGUUGCUACCACCUCCAAGAAUCAGUCGAAAUCGUGCUUUGCUAAAAUAGGCCAUGGAAUAAGAUCGCUAUGGGCAACACGUCAGACAGAGGAUGUGAAAGGAGACAGAGAACUUCAUGUGAAGACAACUCUCAGAGAGCUGAUCAUUUACAUUGUAUUUCUGGUCAUCCUUUGCAUUGUAACCUUUGGUAUGACCCAGACUACAAUGUACUACUACACGAAGGUGAUGAGCGACUUGUUCCUUGAUAAAACCCAUUCAAGUGGCGGAUCUUUCCGUACCAUAACCAGCGUUGAAGACUUCUGGAAGUUUGCCAAAGGACCAUUGGUAAAUGGACUGUACUGGGAGACAUGGUAUAAUAAUGCAACCGUCCCUGAAGGUCAAGAAGGUUAUAUCUACUACGAGAACAAGCUACUUGGUGUACCACGACUUCGACAGCUCCAGGUCCACAGCAACUCAUGUGUUGUCCAUGACGACUUCAAGAAUGUUAUCAGAGAAUGUUACGAGUCUUAUUCUGAAAGUUUGGAAAACAAGCAAUCAUUUGGUGAAGCUAUAACGACUAAUGAUAAUCACACUGGUUGGUAUUAUCAGACGCAGGACGAACUGGAUGGGUCUAGCCACUGGGGUAAGAUAGCUACAUAUAGUGGCGCUGGAUAUGUACAGGACCUAACACAGAAUAAGAGCGAAUCUGCCGCGCUGAUAGACUACCUGUUUGACAAGCGCUGGAUACGGAGAGGCACAAGGGUUCUAUUUAUAGACUUCACGGUGUACAAUGCUAACAUCAAUCUGUUCUGUGUAAUCAGGUUAACUGUUGAGUUCCCACCAACUGGUGGUGCAAUCCCCCAUGCCACAAUGAGAACUGUCAAGUUGAUCCGAUAUGUGACGGUGAUGGACUACUUUAUCAUGGCCUGUGAAUUCAUACUCUGCCUUUUCAUAUUCUACUACAUGGUUGAGGAAGCUAUUGAGAUCAAGAAGCACAAGUUCUCGUACUUCAAGAGUGUGUGGAACAUUCUCGACAUACUGGUCAUUGUGAUUGCCUUAGUGUGUGUCGCGUUUAAUGUGUAUCGUACCCUGAAGGUGGAUGAGCUACUGAAGAAACUACUAGACAAGCCAGACCAGUAUGCCGACUUUGAGUUCCUCAGCUACGGUCAGACACAGUUUGACAAUGCCAUUGCCAUAGCUGUCUUCUUGGCCUGGAUCAAGAUCUUCAAGUACAUCAGUUUCAACAAGACAAUGACCCAACUGUCCUCCACACUUGGUAAGUGUGCCAAGGAUCUGGCCGGGUUUGCUGUCAUGUUCUUCAUCAUCUUCUUGGCCUUCACCCAGCUCGGCUACCUGUUGUUCGGAACCCAAGUGAAAGACUUCAGCAACUUUCAGAAUUCUUUCUUCACCUUGUUCCGUAUCAUCCUGGGAGAUUUCGACUUUGACCAACUUGAGGCUGCUAACCGUGUACUUGGACCGAUCUUCUUCAUGUUGUUCGUGUUCUUCGUAUUCUUUGUGCUCAUUAACAUGUUCUUGGCCAUCAUCAACGACACCUACUCUGAGGUUAAGGGAGACAUGGCCAACCAGAAGAAUGAGUUUGAAAUGGGCGACUACUUUAAGAGAGGUUAUGAGAAGAUGUUGAACAAGUUGAACUUCAAACAUGACAAGAUUGUGGACAUCCAGAAAGCUCUCCAAUCUGCUGAUAUCAAUAACGAUCAACAAGUUGACUUUGAUGAAUGGCGUCAAGAUCUCAAAACACGUGGCUAUGCUGAUGGUGAAAUUGAGGCUCUGUUUGCCAAGUACGACAUGGACGGCGAUCGUGUACUCGACAAAGAUGAACAGAGGAAAAUGCAAGCUGACCUUGCUCAUCAAAGGGAUGCCCUCAAAAAAGAAUAUGACGAACUGGACAAAAUUGACCGACCAGAAAGUGCCCGCAGAUCUACAAGCCGAGUUAGCUUUAACGAUGACAGUGCCGAUGACAGCGAUGAUGAAGACAGUCACACAAAAUCCUCACGAUCAGGCCCAUCACAAAGUGUUUCAUAUGAAGAAUUUACAGUACUCUCUCGUAGAGUGGACAGAAUGGAACAUUCUAUUGGCAGUAUUGUAUCAAAGAUAGACGCAGUUUUAGUAAAAUUAGAAGCCAUGGAAAAAGCAAAAUUAAAAAGAAGAGAAACUAUGGGUAAAAUCCUAGACAGUAUAACAGAGUCCGACGGGACAAGCGAUGAAGUUAAAAGAGAACAAAUGGAAAGAUUAGUUCGAGAAGAGUUAGAAAGAUGGGACUCUGAAUCGUCAAUAACCCCACAGCCCAGUGCAAGUGGUCGAGGGGCAUCCCCUAUCAGUAGUGGGCCUGGGACAAGGUCAAGGUCGCGACCAGCAUCUGGGGGAAAUCCGGAAAAAGAAGAAAAGCCAAAGCGGGCAGCAUUGCGCCCAUUUCUUUACGAUCAUGGAGAUACCAAUGGUCAAAGUGCUAUUAAAGUAGUACUAAAACAUGUAAAAAAGAAUCAAAAAUAGAAGACCUCAGAUGUGUAAAACUGGACAUAUUUGACAGUGGAAUCUAUAACAGCCACUGCUGACGAGUGAAGCUGACAUCAUGUGACACUUCUCCACUGUUAUAAUAUGAACUAACAUUUGACCAAUGAACUCUUGAUGAAUUAAACGAUCAUUCCAGCUUUUAUCUUUUAAAUAUUGUCAUGUGAGAUUUUAUAUAUUACACAUGUAAAGCUACAAUAAAUUUUGCAUAUUAUAUA